GUUAGACGCCUUAGCUGUCUAAAUACUAACUAAAUUCUAUACAAGGAAUCGAACAUUAUACUUUUUGUAGCAAACAUGACUAACAUCAGAGAUAGAUCGCGGAAUAUAUUGAUAGUUGCUCCAGAUAAAGCGCUGGAUCUCGUAUUAAAGAAGCACGUGAAAACGAAAAAACAAAGAGGAUGUUUCGAAAAUGAUGAAUUUUAUUUCUACUUCGAUUUCUAUGCUGUCGAAACCCCUUUGGAUUUGGGUAUUAUAUAUUCAAACUGCUGUGUCAUCAUUGAUAGGGAAUCUAUAGGAUGUGUAAUCGGUAUUGCUGAUUUGGGUGGUAUCGUCCAGGCAGCACUGGUGGCAACGUAUCCGCAUCUUACAGGCCCAUCGUUUGAAGGUUCUUACGUCUGCCUCAACAAAUACUACACCCGCCAAUUAGUGGGUAGUAAGGCGAGUGUUAAUGUCGCCUAUGAUUGUACUGAUGUCACGAGAUUUGAUUUUGCGAAAAAAAAUCAUACGCCUCUUAGUGCGAACAAUAGCUUCCCCGUAUUCGUGAAACCUGCUAUGGGCACAGCCUCCUGUUUAGUUGGCGUGGCUCGAGAGGACGAAAGUUUACGUAAUCAGAUGAAGCUGAUAAAAAAUGAUGUGAAUGGUAUAAUCGGUCCAUUCAGGGGCCUCAUUGAGCAAUUUCUAGACUUAAAAAAAUAUCCUCAAGCCUUGGACGGCCUGGUCAUGCUUGAACAAUACAUAGACAUUAUUCAGGAGCCGGUCUCAAUACAUGGUGUGGACGGUCUAGUUUCACACGGUAAGAUUGUCCCAUGGGCUAUCGGCGACAACAUCUACUGGCCCCACCGCCCUCAAUGUUUUCAAGGAUGUGGCUUCCCAUCAGCUCUCUCAAGGUACACCCAAGAAGAGAUAUGGAAAGUGUUUCACGCACUAGUUGAAAAUCUCAAUAAGUUUGGAUUUGACAAUGAGUUCGUUGAUGUCGAAUUGUUCGUCUUCAGGGAUGGAACUUUUAAGCUGAUGGAGAUAAACGGCAGGGCAUUCCCAUUCAUGUUCAAGAUCUAUGAUGAGAUUUUGAACAAGGGAGAUAUGACCGAGGCUUACCUCAGUGUAAACAGAGGAAUAACGCCUGAACAACCUACACUGAAACCGAACCAAUUUGGUUUAUACGCAUUUUUGUCAACAUUUGGCUCCGGGAAAGUCGGUGAUUUUAUCAACAUUGACAAACUUGCCGAUUAUUCUGACAUUAGUCGAUUUGGAUUCGAAGUGGAGUCUCCAGUUGAACCGAAAGGGGAAUCAGGUUUCACCCUUGGCUAUCUCAGCAUUAUAGAUGUGUCCUAUGAAGCGUGUCUUGAAAAAAUGCAUAGUAUUAAGACUGACUUGCUGAAACAACCUGAAUUCUCCCCAUGGUGGAAUAACUAACACUCCAAUACUCCACCACUCAUCAUCGACGGCUUCGCUUUUGUUGAAAUGAUAAUAACCCAGAAAUGUAUUGAAAAGAUCCAUUUUAAGUAGCAGUUUAUUGUCGUCGAACAUUCAUGAUAGGUUAAUUACACUACUUGGUGAUAAGGUUUUUAUGGAAUGGGGGCAUGACAUUUUUUAU